ACAUCAAAGCAUAUAUAUCUCCAGAUAAGCAACCUCGUUUAAUAGGUAGAAAGGGGUAUGCAACUCAAAACAUAAUGGCCGCAUGUGACUUUGAUAUGUGUUUCACCUUUUGCUUAUCAGGAUGGGAAGGAAGUGCACACAAUACUCGGAUCUUCUUGGAUACAAUUAGGAAUCCUAGUUAUAAUUUUCCAAAACCACAAGGAGAUGAGUUUUACUUGGUGGAUACUGGGUAUCCAAACAUGAAAGGAUAUCUUGCACCUUACAAAGGAGAGAGAUAUCAUCUAGCUCAAUUUGAACAUGAUCAACCCCCUCAAAAUGCACAAGAAAAAUUCGACCAAGCACAUUCAUCACUUAGAAGUGUAAUAGAAAGAACGUUUGGGGUUUGGAAAGCAAGAUGGCCGAUGAUAAAGGAUAUCCCACCAAACUACAGCUGGACGACCCAAGUCAAACUUGUUUGUGCAACAAUGGCAAUUCAUAAUUUCAUCCGACGAAGUGAGUUCCGCGAUAUUGCAUUUGACUCUUAUGAUAGAUUCGCGGAUUAUGUGCCUAAUGAAGAGGAAGGAUCUUCGUCUCAACAAGCGUGA